UUCAGUUUGUUGCUAAACGAAUCAUAACCUAUUUUAACUCAAGACAUGUUGUUAUGAUGAAGAUUGUUCAAAAAGUGUUCUGAUUUUCUGAAAAUCUGAAUUAAAGUUCUUAAAAUAAUCAAUCAAAAAUUAUGAAGGCUACAAAACGUAUUCAAGAGUUUAAAGCUCUAGAGCUUAAACUUACCAAGGAUUCGUUAGCUCCACAUACGAUAUAUCUCAAGGAGCAUGUUGUCAGAGAACAUACGAAAGACAAACCACAAGGUCGCACGCUGUUGAUAGUAAACAUACCGCCUUAUGCCGACGAAAAGGGAAUCAUUAACGCUUUUAAAGACGCAGGCCACGUACAGUCAGUUCAACUAUGUUUAAAACCUUCUACAGCAGAAGUUAAAACUGUACAUAGGUUUUUACCAGAAGCAAAUAUUACCACAUUUAGAGCAGCAUAUAUUGUAUUUAAGAAAGUAGCAGAAUUAGAUAAAGCAUUGAAACUACAGGAAUUGCGGCCAUUAAAUUCAGAUGAACACAAAGUUAAAGUUGGAAUCAACAAGUGGAUUCAAGAAUACAAUGACAGUAUUCUAUUGCCAACAACACUAAAGAAGAAUAUAGAAACAUUUAUGGCCAAAUUUGAUGCAGACUCACAGAAAGCAGAAGAGAAAGAGAAAGAAUUAGAACAAGAGGAUGAUGAGGGAUGGGUCACUGUUACUAAGAAAGGGAAAGUCCAAAGCUUUGCCCGAACUGAGAAAGUUGAGAAUAAAAUAAUGAAAAAAGAAGAGAAGAAUAAAAAGAGGAAGGAAUUAAAGAACUUCUAUACUUUCCAAAUAAGAGAGUCUAAGAUGAAGAAUAUUGUAGCCCUCCGCCAGAAGUUUGAAGAAGACAAAAAGAAAAUAGCACAGAUUAAACAAAGUAGGAGGUUUAAGCCAUUUUAAAAUAAACAAGUUAAUAAUUUA